AUGCAGCGCCUUUGGCGCCAGGGUCUGCCCCCGCGGGUCCGCGAGGUGGUGUGGCCCAUAGCCAUUGGCAAUGUGCUGCGGAUAACCCCUGAACUUUUUGAAAUCCACAAGCAGCGCGCUGUGGAUGCCAGGAAGGCGCAGGAGACGGCGUCAAACGUGCUCAUCACUCUAACAGAUGCGCCGCCAACUCGUGGCCGGGAACAAUCCACAACGUGCAUUCCCUUU